GCGAAAAUUGGUAGAGCUCUCGAGCUGAGGCCAAGGAAAACAUUUUUGUUUUGUUUAGCUAAAUUACCGCCAACAUGAGUGAAGAAAUUGAUGAAAGCUUGGAAAAUGAAUUCUCAAGUGACGAAGAGGAGGUCGAGAUGACGGCUGCAGAUGUUCUGCUAAAGCUGGAGGAGGCCUGGUUAAAUGAGAAGUUUGCUCCUGAUCUUCUGGAGAGCAAGGUAGAGAUUGUGGAAUGUAUGCUGGAGCAGCUUCAACAGAUGGAGGAGAAUGUCAAAAAAUGCAAGAAAGGAGAUUUUAGGAUUAUUGUUCACAAGAUGGAGAUUGACAGAAUAAGAUAUGUCUUAAGUAGUUACCUGAGGAUACGACUGAGAAAGAUUGAGAAGUUUGUCCAUCACACACUCCACAAGGAGUCGACCCGAGGUCCAGAUGAACCAAACAUGCUGUCACCAGAGGAAUUCACAUUUGCGAAGGAAUUUGCAGAGAGCUUAGAGUCCAAUUCAAACACAGUUGUGCUGCGACACAUGCCCCCAAACCUGCAGAGCCUUGACAAACAGAAGCUAGUUCCCAAGCCCAACCUGGACAGCUAUGUAUUCCUGAGAGCCAACGAGAGGCAGGAGCAAAUACUCAUAGAACCAGAACUAGAGGAUGAACAGAAUGCUGAAGUAGUCGACAUAGAUGCCGGUUCGCAGUAUAUCAUGAGAUAUCGACCGAUGGGAUCUCUCGUUGCCAGCGGAGCUGUUUCUCUUAUAUGAGGGGUCUGUUGGAGCAACAGCGUUGAUUUCUCUGAACAUUUGUGAAACAGACUGUGAAUGAACAUCUUUAUGGACUUGAUUGUUGCGAGAUGCAGUAUGAGUUCAUAUCAGCAUGACUGGAAAUGCUGGACUUCAUUGCCGCAUCCAGUAAGGUCCCGCAAAAAACGGUACUUAGGUUAUGCCAUGAGGAUACAAGCAUUACCAAAAUUUCCAUGUCCAUAUUAAUAGUACAGUCACGUCAACCCUGCACUAUGGACAUCGCUGACUUGGUGGGAAAUUUUGGCUAAAUUAGUCAAGAUAGCUGAAUGGUUCGCAAAUUCUUGUGUGAAUAUUUGCCUUGUCUUGUGUAUAUCUUAUAACAGUAAUAGACAGUGAAGUCGUAAACAGGUUUCCUUGCAUAAUUUGAAUACUGGGACACUGCUAAUGUUUAAAUUUCACAGAUAGGACAUACAUGACAUAUUCAUAAUUCCUGCGAUGUUCUACAGAAUUUGAUGUUGGCUGCUAAAGGGGCAUAGUAUCUUUAAAACUGUACAUCUUUUCCUGCCUUGGCCUGGACACUAGUUACUGAGUCACUUUAAUGUGUGUACAGCCGUUACAUAUAGAGCAUUUUUGAGGAUUGAUACAAAUAAUGCAUGCAUAUGAGUUAAUUAUAUGAGCUAUCUGCACUCGAGUUGAACCUGUAUGCAUCUAUCGUAUGAAGCCGGACAGCUUUGUAUGAUAGGUGUAUAAUAGCCUCAACAAGAGCUAGUAGAGCAUGUAUUAAACAAAUGAAAACAUGCAUCACUUGUUUCAUACAUUAAAACUCCUAGAUCCUUGUCAUUUGCUCUAAAAAGAACUCAUUUCAAGAUUUGUUUUGUGUCAUUAUAGUUGACAAAUAAAUCCAAAGUGUACAUUAGUGCUGUGGUCAAAUGUUUAACCGUCCAGUAUCCGACCGUCCAUGGCACUAUCUGUUUGCAAUUUGACAGUUUUGUUUUCCCGUUUUUGUUUUGUAUUGUUUUUGUGGAAAUAUCUGUGAUGUUACAACACUAGUGUACAUGCAAUAGGCUUACCUUCAAGCCACAUGGAUGUAAGCACUAAGCACACUAACCUCUCCAGGUGUUGUGCAGUGCUACACAAGUAUAGGCCCACACAUAGUACAAGUGGACUAACCUAUAUGAGCACUGCUGUGCAUACAUGUAGCUUACUCAAAAAUCAUUGGAUAGUACUGGAAAUUAUUGCAAAAAUUUUACCCUAAAAAUAUGUGGGAUAACCUUAGUAAGUGAAUCACAAGUGACUGCAUUUUACCAAUCAUUUUAGUAGGUUCUAGGAGUGAGUUGCAUAAAAUACUAGGAUUGCACAGUUUAUUCCAUAUGCUCAUGAUACAAGUAUGUGACUUGGACGAGAAAAGAAAACAAUAAAACUUUAUAAUUUUGUACUGA